AUGCGUUUCUCCGUCGCCCUCGUUUCUGGCCUGGCUGCCGUCGUCUCUGCCCAGUCUUCCACCUCCUCUGCGGAUCCCGCCAUCGCUUCCGCUGCGGCUUGCUUGGAGAAGUGCGCGCGUGGUGACGUCAACUGCCAAUCUCACUGCAUCACCGUUCCUUCUCCCAACGAGGAGCAGGUCAUCGAGACAACCAAGUGUGUCGCUGCUUGCCCCCAGGGCAACGGCAGUCCUGCCGACACCCAAAAGUACGCAGACUGCUCUAAUGCCUGCAUCAAGAAGCACUUCUACGUCUCUAGCGAGGGCACUCCCGAGGCCACCGGUGGCAGCAACAACAACGGCGGUAGUGGCGCCGCUAGCUCGUCCGCCGCCUCGGCCGCCGCCAGCGCCUCUGCCUCUGCCUCGGCUGCUGCCUCCUCAGCCGCCGCCACUGGUGCUUCCCCGAGCAACUCUGGCUCUGGCUCCGGUUCCGACUCGAGCUCGCCAACUGCCGCCUCCAAAACUUCUGGCUCUGGAACCGGCACCGCAACCGGUACCGCUGCCGCUGCUACCACCACCAAUGCGGCUCCUGGCUUGACCUUUGGUUCAUCUGGUGCCUUUGUCGGUGCCGUCGUUGCCCUUCUUGCUCUGUAA